AUGUCAGGGCCGAUGGAAGCCAAGGUGCUGCCCCGCAGAGGUGCCGCAGUGGCCGGGAUGAAGAGCAUCAACAGGGCCAUGGCGUCUCUGCAGCGAGAAGGCAACUGGCGUGGAGCUUCCCAUCUGCUUCAGGUGCUUGCGUCGAUCCUACUUACACCAGACGUUGUAACCUUCAACUCGGCUGUGAGCAGCUUCCGCAGCGACAAGCGCUGGAGGCAGUCGAUGGAGCAGCUCCGAGCGAUGGAGUCAGUGCAGAUCAGGCGAGAUGUGAUCACCAUCAACUCGGCCAUCAGCUGCUGCCAGGGCGUGGCAGAAUUUCAAGAGCUGCCUGCUGUCGCCGGAAACACUUCCCAAUCUAAGGAUGAGACAACCUGGCUACAAGCCCUGGAGCUCCUUUCUACCUUGGCUUUCAUGAACAUGCGACCUUCGCUGAUAUCUUGCAGUGCCUGCAGCAGCGCUUGUGCCAGUGCAGUUGCUUGGGAAGCAGCUGUCCAACUUCUGGACGAGCGCUCGAAUGAUAUCUGCAUCAAUGCCGUCCUCUCUGCAUGCGCUUCCUCGGUGCAAUGGGAAGCUGCCCUUGAGAUACUCAGCAGUUGGCAGGGGCUGGCCAAUACCAUUAGCUUCAACAUCGUUGUCUCCAGCUGCUCGAAGUCAUCCCAGUGGCAGCUGGCUUUGAGCACCUUCGACUCUCUUUCGAGCAGAGGAGUCCAGCCCACAACUGUAACCUAUGCUGCUGUCAUCUCCGUCUUGGAAAGGAUGUCCCUCUGGCAGCCUGCACUGGCGGUGUUGGAGGAGAGUCGCCAUUGUGCCGACGUCGUUACAUACGGAUCCGCCAUAGACGCCUGUCUGGGUGCCUGGCGAGCCUCAGCCGCCCUCCUGGACACGAUGGCUUGUCGCAGGGUGAUCCCUGAUUUCGGUUGCUGCCGCGGAGUUCUACUCUCCGUGGAGAAUGCGGGGCAUUGGCGCAAAGUCGUGGAAAUAGGACAUGCCCUAUGCCAUCAGAGCCUCUACAGCCAAGAGACGGCCAACAGUCACUCCAUUGCUGCAGCACAGCGUCGGAGCGAGUGGCACUGCGUGCUGCAGACUUUUGAACUGGGGUCCCCAGAGUCCCGGGAAAAGACGCGGAACCUCGGCCUGGCGGCUUGCGAGGAAGGCAGCUGCUGGCAACUGGCACUGACGAUCCUUUCGGAUGCGAGCGCCGCUGAUGUGUUUGCCUACACUUCCGUUAUUGGAGCCUGUGCGAAAGCUGCGCACUGGCAGGCAGCGUUGGCAACACUUCAAGCCAUGGUGGCAGCUGCGGUGCGGCCGAACACCGUCACAUGUAAUUCCUUGGUGGAUGCCAUGGCCAGUUCGUCUGGCCAGUGGCAGCGAGCUCUCAGCUUUCUCUCCGGGCUGGCGCAGCUCGAGGUCCAGUCAGAUGAGAUCACCUGGACCUCGGCAAUCCGAGCAUGCGAAAGCUGCAGCGAGUGGCAAUGGUCUAUUGCACUGUUGGACGGCAUGUCUGCGUGGAACAUUAUGCCGAACAUUGUCAGCUACGCCUCUGUCGUUCGAGCCUGUCGCUGGAGUGACGCUUGGUCCUGUGCUCUCGCGCUCAUGGAGAGGAUGGCCGCUCAGACAAUCCAGGCAGAUAUAUUGUUCUGCAACAUGCUUCUGAGCCUCUUGGCCAAGGCGGAGCAAUGGCGCUUGGCUUGCGAAUUUCUGGCUACGAUGGCUUGGAAUCAGAUGGAGCCUGAUGAAACGUCUUGGGCAACAGUCGCAGACGUGGGCAAGGAAUCAUCCCAGUGGAGAGUGGCCUUGGGUGCUCUUUCAGGAUGCAGAGCUGCCGCCACACCGCUGAACGCGCAGCUUCACACGGCGGCAGUCAGUGCAGCAGCAGACGCGAGCGAAUGGCGUACUGCCAUGCGUGUUUGGUCUAGCUCUUCGCUGGCAAGGGAGAACGAGCGGAGCGUCGGUGCUGCUGCCUUCGCUUUCCAGGAGGGUGCGCGGUGGCUGCCGGCCCUUGAGCUAUUGAGGGAUGAUGGCCUGCAGCCAUCCGCAUGGAGUUUGAAUGCCGCGAUCACGGCGUCCAGCAGAAGCAGCCAGUGGGCCGCAUCAAUCCAACUGCUGGAAGACUUCAGACGCGCUCGCAUCGAGGAUGACAUCUUCGCGCACACAGCUGCUGUGGAUGCUUGUGGGCGAAGCUCAGAGGUUGCACGUGCUUUGCAGCUUUUCGCGUCGAUGGAAGGCCGGCAGCUGCUUGCUGACGAGUCGGCAUUCAAUGUUGCAGUGGCGGCCUGUGA